AUGCGCAGGGUCGCCAUCGACCAAGUCCCAAUUGCAAAGGUCCCUCCACGAGUCCCUCCACUUACCCGCUUCCCGAAUGCCCGUAGAAUCUAUUGCCGUAACCACGGCAGCCGCCAAAUAUUCGACUUGGGGAACAGAACACUGUACAAAUUCCGCCCACACAAGGCCGGCGUGUACGAGUCCGAUAUUCACGCCCUCAUCCAGGCCACUACCGACAUCCCCAUCCCCAUAAUCUACAACGAGUGGGUGACUCUCGAACACAACGGUGCCCAGAUCCAUCACCUGAUCAUGGAGAAAGUCGAGGGCGAACCGUUGCACAAGGUCUGGGUGCACCUUGAUAGACCAAGCAAGGAAAGGCUUGCCCUUCAACUCUCGGGUUACCUUAACGAACUGCGCAGAAUUACCUCUCCCUCCAUUCGCGCGUUCGACGGUGGCCCGCUGCACGACGAGCACGGCGUUCUCUUCGACGGGAGAAAUAGUGCUCGGGGCCCAUUCGGCGACAACCAAUCCCUCUGGCUAGCGCUAACUUCUCACCUCCAGGAGAGCCCUUCCGGGGAAAUACAGCAAGCGCUGAUCAACCUUCGCUCCAUAAUGCCCCAGGGGUUCCCCGCCGUGUUGACACACGCAGAUUUACACCAGGGUAAUAUCCUCGUUCAUAACCGUUGCAUCUCGGCUAUCAUUGACUGGGAGGGUGCUGGGUUCUUCCCGUGUUGGUUGGAGUACGUCAGGUACUACCCCACCAGCAGCAGCCCCGAGUUUGAGUUUGAGAUUUUGGUAAUGAGAAGUAUGGAGACUUAUCCGGUCGCCAGACGAUUCAUGACCAUAUUAGAUGCGCUGAGGGGACCAGAGCAGUGGCUUGUGAAUUGGGCAAUCAGAGAGCUGGGGUGUUGA